CUUAUGCACACUGAGGAUACCUUCUGCGUAAAGCCCCGCGCAAGACGCUAUCAAGCAUACUUCAAUUCAGUCACAUACGCCUUCCUGUUGUUGCCCCGAAUUCCCUUCCAAUUUAAAGCUAUCAAUAACGAAAGCGCUGUGAAACAAUGACUAGAAGGCGAAAAUAGGUUGACGGGCGACCUCUCGAAGUGGAAGUCGCUGCCUCUGACUGUCUCUGACUUUAGGGCGUAGUUUUAAGCCGAUUUCAACAUGGCGACCUUAACGUAUACAGUGUUCUCCUUAGGCGAGGCGCAGCUCCAUCAGUUGCACACCAGCAAUGGCAAGCUGUUCGUCAUGGGUGAAGUGGCAGUGGAGCUAUUCCAGGAGUCGCCCACGGCCUUCUUGCAAGAGCUCCGCAAGAACAAACUGCCCAAGCUCCAGUCCGCCAACCGCGAUGUGCUGCACACCGUGGCUGAGCUGCACCUGCCGGUGGAGAGCAGCGCCAACAGCCAGGGCGUGUGCCUGCUGCCGGCGGCCACGGUGGAGACACUGCUGGUGGACAAACGGCGAAUGGAGCUGGUGCAGCCGUUCAAGCUGGCGCUGCUGAAGCUGGCGUCGCAGGAGGCCGCCCGGCUGAUGGCCGCGGGCGAGUACGAGCUGGCUCUGCCUGUGGCGCUGGACGCGGUGCAGCAGGGCCAGGCGCUGUUCAAGCCCGCGCCCGCGCUGCAGCUGUUCCCGCUGUACCUGCUGGCGGCGCAGGCCAACCUGGGCCUGCGGCGCGCCAAGCAGUGUGAGGACUUCCUGGCGCUGGCCUCCUGGCUGGCCAUGAAGGAGCCGGGGCUGACCACCAGCAUCAUGAAGAGCCAGCUCAGCAGGCUGUACGGACAGCUGUACGCAUUCCAGUCCAAGCACGCGGAGGCGCUGCACGCGUUCGCCGAGGACGUGUACUACUGCUCGCUGGAGUACGGCCCCGAGGACGUGCGCACCAGCCUGGGCUACUACAACAUGGGCAAGGUGUUCCAGUCCUCGGCCGAGCUGGACAAGGCCGCCUCCUGCAACGACCAGGUGGUGGCCAUCUGGGCCGCCGCACUGAACGCCGUGGUGCUGGGCCUGGCGGACGGCGGUGGAGCCGCGCAGCCCGCCGCGCUGCCCGUGGGCCGACUGCAGCUAAUGGAGGUGGUGGACAUGCUCACAGACAUCGCCCGCAGCCGCGCCGCGGCGCUGGGCAGCGGGCACGUGACGGUGGGUGAGGCGCACCUGGUCACGGCGCUGGCGUGCAUACAGCUGGAGGAGCGCGGCCGCGCGGGCGAGGAGCUGGAGGCGGCGGCGGCGACGUUUGGGGAGGAUGACGUGGAGCGGCUGCGGCUGGUGGAGAUGGCGCGGGUGAUGCUCAACGCGCUGACGGGCGGGUGAGGCGGAGCGGCGGCGGUGGCGGCGGCGGCGGUGGCAGGCAGUACGGCGGUGUGGCAGUUUGGCAGUGUUGAGAGGGCGGCGUGCAAGGGGGGCGAGGAGUGGGCUUGGCGUUGUGGCGCAGCUGUGACCGGUUGCGGGUGUUGACUAAUCCGCCGAGAUAGGAAUGUAGUUGGCUGUAAGUUGCAGGCGUUAAUGGUCCGAUACCGAUGCACAGCGGACCACCAGUCUAGCCCAUUACACUUUACAGUGCCCCCCACAAGUGCGGCAUGGCGCCAUGGUGUACUAGGGCCAUUCGUGGCUCUCGCCAAUGCGGCGUCUCCACACGCGAACAAUGGGUUGAGCUUGUGCCUUGCGUCUGCAAUGGUCGGCCGCAAAUGAUGACAGCACGUGAUUUGCUGUGUGAGUAUGAUAAAAGGGAGUGUUUAUUCCUGUGGACCAUGAUGAUGCAGCCCAGGACCGGCCGAUCAUCCUGCAUUCCACCGAGCCAUCCAGUACACGUACUCCAGGCGCCAGAAACGAGCAAGGUCCCAAGCUUGGUCCCAAGGUCGGAAGCUAUAGUUUGAGCGCAGCGCUGACUGCGUGGCCACUAUCAUGAUGGUCCAACACGGACGCACAGCGGACCGCCAUCAUGUCAUGAAAGUAUCAUCAGUUCACAGCGUUAACACAGCGCGGACUGGUGACUGCAAAACACACAUCAAGA